UGAGGGCAAAGUCGUAUUGCAUAUGCACAGUAUAGCGUCACAGGUGAGUGACGAGUCUGCCUUACCCCGCACUUUCAGCCUUACUUUGGAGCUGAGAGGCGGCCCAAUAUCCUACCAUGAUAAUGCUCAUGCCUGCUUCUUUUUAUCCCAUUUGACCUUCAUGCGGGACCUCCGGCCACCGAGAUAUUUCUCACUCCGACUAGUAGCGCUUACUGUCAUCAGUCGUAUCCCACAAUGCGGCUACUACAACGAGAUGACGCCAACAACUACACCCUCACGGACGAUCUGCGCGCUGACGACAUCCCCCCUUACGCAAUCCUUUCCCACACCUGGGGUGCCGUCGAGGUCAUCUACACUGAUGUACAGACGAGCUCAAACGACUGGCAACAGAAAGUCGGCUAUAGAAAGAUCCAGUUCUGCGCCGACCAGGCCAAGCGACAUGGCCUGCAGCAUUUCUGGGACGACAACGCGAGUGGGGGCAGCACAGGAGCUGUCUGCUUGAGGAUGCAGGCACGGCAAGUUCCGUGCGCGUCGGCCUGGGUCAAACGGCAGGUGCAAGUGGCUGGACUUGGUGAGAUCCCUACGGCGGGCCCGCUCAGCUCUCAGCCUUUCAACGAUGGCCCAGGAAAUCGCGAAAAGCGGGUUUCUGGGGAUGAUCCAAAAUUCGCCGCUCGCGAAGCCGCGGGGAAUGCGCUAAUGGUGGGCACUUGGGGACGGCUGUAA